CCCACCUCCGUUCCUACAGUCACUGCUGCACGAACCCGAGAACCAGAGUCGGAACCAGAGUCUGAACCAGAGCACACAGCCGGAACCAAACAGUGGAAUUUGGACUUCAAGACUCCAGAUGACGACCAUGAGGUCGACGUGUCUUCUGCUCCUGGCCUCCGUGUGGUUCUGUCACCGGGGCCACACCGUGGGUCAGAACCUUCCGUCUGAGGACCAGACUGAGAGAAGAACCAUCGACGAGCUGCUGCUGGACAGAGCGGAGAGUCUCCUGCUGAGCUCCAUUCUCCAGCAGGUGCAGGACGGAGACGACAGAGACGACGGCUUCUCCGCUCAGCCUCAGGACUGGGUGACCAAACGACAACACUGGGGGAAGAGGUUCGACGACGGGCUGGACAAGAGACAGCAUCCAGGGAGGAGAGAGGAGGACGGGGGUGAGCAGUACCUGGACCUCCACCGGCGGCAGCACCCGGGAAAACGCGACGACGAAACGCACUCAUUCCUGGAGCUCCAGAAACGGCAGCACCCGGGAAAGCGCAGCACCUCGACCCACCUCCACGAAGACCCCGUGCUGGUGUUCGCUGGACUUUCUAAACGACAGCAUCCCGGCAAACGCUACCUGAUGCUGCACAGCAAACGGCAGCACCCGGGCAGGCGCCUGGUGGAGGAGGGUGAGGGUGAGGAUGAGGACGGGGUCUGGGCCGCGGCUCUAGGUGGAAGCCAGGAGGAGCUGGAGGAGGAGCUGGACAAGCGGCAGCAUCCAGGGAAGAGGUUUUGGGACAACUCCAGUCCCGACUUGGACACAAACAGUCCCUGUGACGUGUUGGACACGACGGGCUGCAGCAGAGCGAACCUGCUGCUCGACUUUUUAGAUCAGUUGAACAGGAGUCACGACGAGGAGAAGAGACAACACCCGGGUAAGAGGCUGGCACCGGCGGAGGACUUAGUCCCGGCAGAGUGACGUCUGCUGGGUCACGGCCACACGAGUGUAAAUGAAGUGAUCAGUGAAAUCAGUUGUCAUUAAAAUAACCAGUUCACUUUA